AUGUCGAUCAUUCCAAGCUUCUUUACAGGCAGGAGGAGCAACAUAUUCGAUCCCUUCUCCCUCGACAUCUGGGACCCUUUCCAGGGACUUUCCAGUGCUCUCAGCAACCUUCCCGAAUCAUCACGUGAAACAGCCGCAAUCGCCAACGCCAGAAUCGACUGGAAGGAGACGCCGGAGGCCCACAUUUUCAAAGCGGACUUGCCUGGGCUGAAGAAAGAGGAGGUGAAGGUGGAGGUUGAAGAAGGAAGGGUGUUGCAGAUAAGCGGAGAGAGGAGCAGGGAACAUGAGGAGAAGAACGACAAGUGGCAUAGGGUUGAGAGGAGCUCCGGGAAGUUCUUGAGGAGGUUCAGGCUGCCGGAAAGUGCAAAACUUGAAGAGGUGAAAGCUAGCAUGGAGAACGGCGUGCUGACAGUGACCGUGCCCAAGGCGGAAGAGAAGAAGCCGGAAGUGAAAUCCAUUGACAUUAGUGGUUAA